AGAGAGAGAGAGAGAGAGAGAGAGAGACAGGCUGCGUGCCUGCGAGCCUGUGUAUCUGAGAGAGGGCGAAAUAUAAAAGGACACUGAGAGGGAGAGAGAAAGGUACAACAGAAGACCAGUUCCUUGUGAGGUUAAUCAUGUUCCUGCGGACUCUCUCGGCAAUUUGGCUUGCCGUUAUUUUCUUGGGAUUUCUUGAAGGGAAGGGAGUUCAAAUGCAGAGGGACGUUCAGUGCUGCAUGCAAUACUCCCAAGGCAAGGUCCGAGCGAAAGACGUGCUAAGGUUUGAGGUGCAGACAGAGGGGCCCGACUGCAGCAUACAGGCCAUCAUCCUGUACACCAAGCGGGUGGUCAAGUGUGCCGACCCCCAAGACAAGAGGGUGAAGAGACUACUGAGGAAGCUGAACCAAAGGCAGAGGAGCAAAGCUCACCCACCUAUGUGGUUUCAUCCACACAGGAACCUUCCGGUCAUGGCUGAGGUAGCUGACACUCACAAUUACAGACGAAAAUGAAUCACGCAACAAACAAGGGCUGGGAUGCAACAUGCCUGGCUUACUGAACUUUUAUAAUCUACAUUCUUAUUGGUCUUUUUUAUUUCCGUUUACGACGGCCUCGCUGCUACACACUGUAUGUCUUUACAAGAGUUAGAACAGCAACUUAGAUCAUUCACAUUUGCAGUAGAAGACUUUCUGCUUUGCCACAAGCUGGAACCUUCUAGAAUAAAGGUAUAUAAAGGUUCAUGUUCUAAGAUAGCUGGAAUCCACAUAGGCUUGUUCGUUUUGCAUGGUUGUGUAAAAGUAUCCAAACUGUGCACACACAGUUGUGACCUCCUUGUAACAAAACUGACAGAUGCUUUCAAUUAGUUGUAAUUUCAAAGAAUUUUUGAGAUUUUUGCAUAGUGAGUUUUUGCUGAGAAAUAAGAUUGCAAAGAAAUUGAAAAUUUGCAACAAUCCCAACUUUUUUCAGAAAAAGAAAUCUCACCUGAACAUGAACAUACCUGAGUUGGCUUCUUUUCUUCCAGUUUUGUUACUUUAAAAUGUUACUGCUGUUAUUAUUUUGUUUUG